CUUCAGAUCCAAGAAGUACCACUAAUUUCUUGAACUCUCCCCUAAUAAUUCCUCAAUUAGUAAAAUCCAAAGUACAUGUGUGGUUCAUAUCACUUUGACCAUUCUUUGAUGAACUAUAGCCCAAAAAACUAAAAAGAUCUAUGUUACUCUCUUUACUCCCUUUUCUUCUUCACCCUUCUAUUCUCCUUUUCUCCCAUCUUCUUCUUCAUCCACUAGUAUUAUUCAACCAAAUAUACACUAAAAACUAGCAAAAUCCCUAUAGAAAAGAAUUUAACAAGAAUCUUGACAUGUCGAAUGAUGAAAGAGCUCUAGUCUUAUCAAGCACGAGCAACAACAACAACAAUACUAACAAUAAUAGAGAACAUGAUCACGAAGAUUAUCAGCAUGACGAUCAGGAUCAGGAUCAAGAUCAAGAAUAUCGAGAUGAUCAUAUAAGAGACAUCCAUGCUAUGACACCACCACAACCACCACCACCAUUCACGACGAAUAUUAAUCGUGCAGGCCGGAGAAGGGAGGCUUGGGAAACGAGUAGCCAUAGAUCAUCAUCUUUGUCCUCAGAGUUAGCUCCAAGUGAGAAUUUCUCAACCAUGAGUAGAGAGUUCAAUGCUUUGUUACUAGCCGGAUCUUCAAGUACUCCUACUAACAACAACAACAACAACAACAACAAUUAUGGUACAAGUCAUGAAGCUGAAGUUACAACCAAUAAUAGCUUGGGAAGGAUUUUCGAAGAGGAAACUAUAGUCGAGGAAAAUAAUCCUUUAGCUAUUGUAGCAGAUAAUAGUAAUAAUAAUAAUAAUAAUAAUAAUAAUAAUCAUUUGGAUCCUAGUCCUUCUCCUAGUGGGAGUUCUAAUAAUAAUAAUAUGAGUGGAAUUAGUCAACAAGGAGAGGUGAUGGUACAUAGAGUGAAGAAAGAGGAAGUUGAAACAAAGAUUAGUGCAUGGCAAACUGCAAAAAUUGCAAAGAUUAAUAAUAGGUUUAAACGAGAAGAUGCUGUUAUUAAUGGCUGGGAAAAUGAAGAGGUCCAAAAGGCUAGCUCCUGGAUGAAGAAAAUUGAGAGGAAGCUAGAGGAGAAAAGAGCAAAAGCACUAGAAAAGAUGCAGAAUGAUGUAGCAACUGCGAAAAGAAAAGCAGAGGAGAAAAGAGCAUCAGCAGAAGCAAAGAGAGGAACAAAAGUAGCUAGAGUUCUUGAAUUAGCCAACUUGAUGAGAGCUGUUGGCAGAGCUCCAGCAAAACGUUCCUUCUUUUAAAUAAAAAGACAACAAAAGUGAGUGCUAGAUGAUUGCUACUUUGUGCUUGUUAUAUCUAGCUUGAUAGAUUCAGAAUUUAAACAUUGUGCGUUUUGAGUUGAGAGAGUGUUUUAAAAUGUAUAUAUAACUCUCCUGCCAGUUUAUUGUUCUGUCGGUAAAUCGCCUUCCUUAUAGGAGGUAGAGGACCCUGAAACACUAGGUAUUGCCGAACUCACAAGUCCUAUGGUUGAAACACUCCGUACAGUUUUUUGGAUGUUACAUAAAUAUAUAGUUCUAUGAGCUUAUGAA